CGCCACUCACCUGUCUCUCGAGCGCACCUGUUGCACCGUUCUACUUUUUUUCCCUUCAUAUAAAACACUUUUAAACAGAGUUUUACGUUUUUGUAUGUACCAGCAAGGUCUCCCUCUCGUCUUGGUCGUCUUUGGAGCAAGCUUCGGUUUACAGAUUGAAAUGGAGACUUGAAGAGUUUACCACAGGAGUUUUUGAUACGCUAGAAAUCAUCGGCGGACUGAGGAACGGUGGACUAUAGUUUCUCUCAGCUGAGGGGUGGAUGUCGUAGAACAUGAAUGCUUUGGGAACCCCAACGAUACCGAGCAAUGGGGUGGCCAGAUCGGACAGCAAGAUCAGUGCCAAGGCCCUGUUCGAACAACGAAAGAAGUAUUCAAACUCAAACGUCAUCAUGCAAGAGACGUCACAGUACCAUGUGCAACAUCUCUCCACAUUCAUCAUGGAUAAGACAGAGUCCAUUGCGACGGUGGACGAUGCCAUAAAAAAACUAAUCCUGCUCGACUCCAAAGACAAAAUCUGGACGCAAGAAAUGCUGCUGCAGGUGACCGACAAAUCCAUCAAACUGCUUGACUGUGAGACCAAGGAGGAUCUUGAGAACUUUCCCUUGUGUACAGUCCAUCACUGUCAGACGCUGCUGAAUCAGACGCGAUACCCCUCCGUCCUGCUGCUCAUCUGUCAAGACAAUGAACAGCACAAACCAGACAUUCACUUCUUUUACUGCGACGAGGUGGAGGCAGAGAUGGUGCACGCUGACAUUGAUAGCGCUCUGGGAGACAACAAACGUGGCAAGAAGACGCGACCACAGACGCUAAAGAUGAACCAAGAAAAGAUGAAACGCCAUCGAGAAACCAUCAUCCCACCUUCUGAGCCUAAAAGUCCCGGCCCCUGGGGCAAAGGUCGUGUGGCAGCUACAGACAUGAAAGAUGAUUUAUUACCACAGGAUCCUGAUUCCAGUGUGAAACUCGCUCAGCGCAUUGAGAAGGAUGUGCAAAUCCUGAACUGUGCUUUGGAUGACAUUGAGAUCUUCGUGGCAUGUCUUAAUAAAGCAGCAGAAGCUUUCGCUCAACUCAACCAGCGGAACAGGAGCAAGAAAAACAAGAAGAGAGGACCAGCAGAGGGGAUGUUAACUCUACGAGCCAAGCCUCCAUCAGAAGGCGAGUUUAUUGACUGCCUUCAGAAGCUGAAACUCUCUUUCAACCUGCUGGCCAAACUGAAGAAGCACAUUCAGAACCCCACUGCUUCAGAGCUUGUACACUUCCUGUUUGGACCCCUUGAACUGAUCCUGCAGAGUUGUGGCAGUCCAGAGCUGCCGCGUGCAGUCAUCUCUCCUCAUCUGUCCCGGGACUCAGUGGACUUCCUGCGAGGACAUCUGACUCCUAAAGAGAUGACCAUCUUUGAGCUGCUUGGAGAGGGAUGGACACGACCCAGAGCUGACUGGCCGAAAGAUCAGUGCGCUCCUCUCUACGUCCCGAAGUUCCGGAAUGGCUGGGAGCCACCGGUGGAGCUGUUUCGCACAUCACCAUGGGAGACGGAGAGCGUGGGGCUGCCGAAGUCCCCAGUGCAGUCAGAAUACAGGAAAAAAGAGUUCUUUGGAUCACAGUCAUCGCUCUCGUCAAACGGUUCUUACUCAUCAUCUCCUGCUGCUCGCAAGUAUGCAAAGAUCCGCUACCACUUUGUUGCACGCAACGCCAACGAGCUGUCAGUGCUACAGGAUGAAAUUCUGGAGGUGUUAGAGGAUGAUAAACAGUGGUGGAAGUUGCGGAACAGAAGCGGUCAGGCGGGUUACGUGCCCUAUAACAUCCUAGAUGUUGUGAAACUAGAGGAUCCUCAAGCCAUGAAUGACCCUCCCUACAGUCCGCUAUACAGAGGACAGUCGCCCUCCGGUUCACUGGGCAGUGACAAAGACAUCUCAGGUGGCCACACUCACCAGAUGGAUAAAGUCAAUGAUGAGCUGCUAAUGUUGAUCACCAGCAACAAGAUUAAUCCGCCCACGAGGAACUUCAAGGUGGAGCGUCAGUCCAGCUCCACUGUCCCUCUGGCCUUCGACUCCAGUCCCGCCCAGGUCACCACCUGGCUCAAUGCAAAGGGCUUCUCAAAACCUACGGUGGAGCGUCUGGGCAUUCUGACAGGUGCUCAGCUCUUCUCUCUGAAUAAAGAUCAUCUGAAGGCUGUGUGUGGAGAUGAGGGCUCACGAGUCUUCAGUCAGAUCACUGUUCAGAAAGCACAACUAGAGAAGAGCCGAGGAGACUCUGAAUUGCAGGAAAUCAUGAAGAAACGGCAAGAGAAAAUCGAAUCUGCCGCCGACUAAGCGCGCUCACAUGGAUUGUCAAUCAAAUUGUCACUUGGCGACAGUAAUUCAGCCACGCUGCUGACCAAAUGCUGACCUAAUCCAAUAUAUUUUUUAAUUGGAUAUUUAUUUUUGGUGUUUUGUUUUUAUUUUUAUUAUUAUUGUUAUUAUUAGUGUAUGUACGGACCUUGUCUUAAUUUAUCCACAGAAAUUCUUGCAUGUUGUUCAUGCUGAAAAACACUUGUAAGUUUAUCAACUCUUUAAUAGCAUGAAAACAAUGUAUGGGUGAAUCUCUCGAAAACAUAUCCAGGUCAUCUCAGCCAAAAAAAUAAAUACAAAAGUAAUUUGCAUCUGCAUAUUAUUUGCAUUCUGACAUUUGUAAUUCUUUGUUUGUAAUUCUGAUUAUUCUCAGUUGUGAUUCUCAUUACUGUAAUACAGUAAUUGUUUAAAAAAGAAAAUACUAUAAUACAAUGAUUUGAGUGGUACUGACAUUUGGGAGGGAAAUGUGCUUAACUGUCAAGAAAAUGGCUCAAUGCAAACAAAAUGAAUGGUCUCAAAAAUAGGCUUCCAUUUUCUUUAAGCUAAUUAUAAUUUAACUUCUUUUUUUGUUUUGACAUUUGGGGUGAAGUAUGAUCUGGACAUGUUCUUGACAGGUUCAGAAACAUUCAAGAGACAGGAGUUGUGUCCAUAAGUGCAGAGAGACUGUUGUUUAGGGGUUUGAUGUAUGAUUUAGUCUCUUUUCAAAAGAACCACGUCAAGCUGCAUUUGUAAAUAACGUGCUGAAUCUAGUCUUUACCUGCAUGUUCUAAUGCUGAUAAUUAUUAAGAAUGAAUGACACGAGAUCAGCAAAUGUAUCUAUUGGAUUUAUGUGCAUCUUUUCUCUCAAAUUGUACUGAAUAUUAGUUUUUAUUCUGUUUUAUAAAGAGCACACUGUCAUGUUUCCAGUCAAACUUAUCCCUAAAAUAUGAUACAUUUACUUGAGAAGCAAAAUUUAAGAUUGUUUUUUUUAUUUCAUUUUUUUAAACCUCACUAAUUUGUCAAAUGUAUGCUUAAAAAUGGCCUAAGUGGUACAAAAAAAUUAACUUUAUUCAAGAUAAAUUCUCUGAAAAUAAGUCUUAAUAUCUUGAAUUAAUUUGAUUAUACUUCAUUGGCAAAUAGUUUUUUAUUUGACGCAUAACCCUCACUAAUUUUUCAAAUGGAUGCUUGAAAUAUUAAAAACUUAAUUCAAGAUAUAUUCUCUUAAAACAAGUCUUAUUGUUUGCAAGUGAAUUUAUCUUGUUUUAAUGAUGCAUUUUAUUGGAAAGCAUGACAAAAAACACUGAUUAUGAAAAUGACUUUUUUUUUUUUUUUUUUUUGCAGUAAAUUUAUGGACAAUAUGUAUUUUUGUUGGAAGCAAAAUAUCAGCAUACUUUCACGUGGUACAUUUAGAACAGAGAUGCUUUUAAAAAAAAAGAGACAGGCAAAUUCAGCAUUAAUGCACAGAUUAGUUUUAAUCAGUAAUUUAGCAGGAAGUCCAAUUAAUAGUCACAUGAAACCUAAAAUACAACCUUUUAGUAUUACCCUUUGCUAGUUUUUGUAAAAAAAAAAGAAAAAAAAAUGUAUACUGUAAAAACAAAUCACUGUUGUAAAUUUGAGAAAUAAAAUUACUAAUAAAAAGAUUAAAAGUCUCAAAAA